AUGGCUCUCUCCUCCGUUUCCACCUCUCUGCUGCGCGCCUGCGCCCGCCAGCAGCUGUCCACAACCCGCGCCGUCGUCGCCUCCUGCCAACGGAACAGUUCCACCUUCGAGAGCCCGUUCACCCCUAGGGACACCACGAAGAUCCCCGACUUCAGCAAAUAUGCCUCCAAGAAGGGCCCUCGCUCCAACCAGGUCUUCUCCUACUUCGUCGCCGGUACAAUGGGUCUCGCCUCUGCCGUUGGUGCCAAGGCCACUGUUCAGGAUUUCCUAGUCAACAUGUCCGCUUCUGCCGACGUUCUCGCUCAGGCCAAGGUCGAAAUCGGCCUUGCUACCAUUCCCGAGGGCAAGAACGUCAUCAUCAAGUGGCGUGGAAAGCCCGUGUUCAUCCGUCACCGUACCCCGGAUGAGAUCAAGGAGGCCCAGGAGUUCGACUGGAAGACUCUCCGUGAUCCCCAGCCUGAUGAGGACCGUGUGCAGAAGCCAGAGUGGCUUGUCAUGCUUGGUGUCUGCACUCACCUUGGUUGUGUCCCCAUCGGUGAAUCCGGUGACUACGGCGGCUGGUUCUGCCCCUGCCACGGUUCCCACUACGAUAUCUCCGGCCGUAUCAGGAAGGGUCCCGCUCCUCUGAACCUCGAGGUUCCCGCAUACAACUUCCCCGAUGAGGAGACCCUCAUCAUCGGUUAA